AUGUUCAAAUUUGUGCCAAGCCCGAGCGUCGAAGGUCUCCUUGAGCUUUUUGAAACAUCGAAUCUUGGUGGAGGAGGAGAAGAAGAUGUUCUGACGGAGGCUACAUUGUUCUCCGUCGACGAUGACGUUUAUGGUUCCUUGGAUGAAUUAGAAUUCUUCACCAAUGCUGUAGAGAGGUGGAUCCCUGAGGAAAACAAAGACCUAGAUGAAGACAGAAAGAUCUGUUUCUGGACAUUGAUAACCGCUGCAAAUGAAAUGGCUGCUGAAACUCAGCAAGAAAAAAGUGUUGAAGCGAAGGCAGGAACUAAUAGUGAUAAGAUAGAUCAAAGUGUUCAAAGGAGAACAGCCAACUACAAGCCAAACAUAUGGAAACAUGAACUCCUUCAAUCUCUCACUAGCCAAUUUUCAGUAAGAACUCUGGAAAAGAAAUACAAAACUAGAGCCCAGACACUUAAAGAGGAUGUCAAAUGCAUGUUUGUGGAAGCUAGUGACACAUUGUCUAAGCUGGAGCUUAUAGACAGCAUAUCAAAAUUAGGUCUCGACAAAUACUUCAUGCAGGAGAUCAAAGAAGCUCUAGAUGCCACAGCCUUAAGCAACAACACCUCUGUUUUAAAAGGAGAUCUUUACGCUACCGCACUCUGCUUUAGGCUUCUUAGGCAUCACGGUUAUCAUGCUUCACAAGAUAUGUUCCUAGAUUUUGUGGAUGGAACUGAUAAAUUCAUCCCUAGCCCGAAAGUAAGCAUCAAAGGGUUGCUUGAGCUUCUUCAAGCAUCAAAUCUAGGUGGAGAAGGAGAAGAUCUUUUGACUGAGGCAGGAUUAUUCUCUAUCGAAAAUCUUAGUGGUUUUGGGGCCUCGUCAGAUAACAUGCUUGCCAAACAAGUGUAUGAAGCUAUAAGUCUUCCAAUUCAAUGGAGAGUGGACUGGUACAAUGUGAAGAAACAUGUCCAGGCGCAUGAAAAAAAUCAUGAAUCAACAAAGUCUAAAUUGAUCGAGUUAGCAAAGCUCAAUUUCAAUCUAGUUCAAUCUUCACACCAAGAAGAUCUCAAGGAGGUUUCAAGGUGGUGGAUGAAUCUUGGAAUCAAGGAAAGGCUGAGCUUUUCGAGGGACCGAGUGGUUGAAAGUUUUCUGUAUGCUGCGGGAACUGCUCCAGAGCCUAAACAAGCAAGUCUAAGAAAAUGGCUGAGCAAAGUCAUCAAUUUGAUUCUAAUAACAGAUGAUGUUUAUGACGUUUAUGGUACCCUGGAUGAACUAGAAAUCUUCACCAAUGCGGUUGAGAGGUGGAGCCCUGAGGAGAUUAAAGAGCUACCUGAAGGCAUACAGAUAUGUUUCUGGACAUUGCUAAAUACUACAAAUGAAAUGGCAGCUGAAAUCGAGCAAGAAAAUGGUUGGACACCAGUUUUACCAUAUCUACAGAAAACGUGGACAGAUUUUCUGAAAUCCUUGCUCGUGGAAGCUAAGUGGUACAACAAGGGUUACACGCCAUCACUUGAAGAGUAUCUUAACAAUGGUUGGAUAUCUUCAUCUGGGCCUCUGCUUUCUGUGCUUGCAAUCCUGGGUGUAGCGGAUAGGAAGACACAAAAUGUUGCAGAAUAUCUUAAAGAUUGUCAGCAGAUUAUCCACCAUUCCUCACUCGUAAUCCGGCUUUGCAAUGAUCAGGGAACAUCUGCGGCGGAACUAGAGAGAGGAGACGCUGCUUCAUCAAUCUUAUGUUACAUGAGAGAAGCAAACGUUUCAGAAGAAGUGGCCAGGGAGCACAUCAAAAGCCUAAUCGUGAAGGCCUGGAAGCAGAUUAAUGGAUACUGCAUUUCGUGUCCUCCAUUUCUACAAGAACCAGCCAAAUAUAUCACAAAUACAGCAAGAGUAGCACAUUUCAUGUAUCAACACGGAGAUGGAUUUGGUGUCCAAGAUCGUGAGACUCAAGACCAUGUUCGGUCCAACUUCAUUGAACCCAUUCCAAUCAACUGACCAAACUAUUGCUGUUCAAUGUUCAUGCAUGGCUCAAUUAAAGUACCUAAAUGUUUUGUUAAAUCUAUCUAGCCAGUGCUUGUGGUUUCAUUAAUUAUAUUUGAUAACUUUGAACCCAAAAUUAAGCCUCCCAGAAUGGA